AUGCCAAAGUGGGAAGAUAUCAGGGAGGACCUCUUUGAGGCCAUCAUGCAGGUCCAUCCUCCCAUCAACAAAGAGCAGCAGGCAGAGGUCGUCAGGAUCAUGCGGGAGAAAGGCCAUGAUAUGGGCUGGAAUGCGAUCCGGUACGCCACAGACAUCAAGGCCACAGACAUCACAGUCACAAUGGCGCGCACGCUCCAGAACUGGGACGCUGAGACGCAUGAGGCCGUGCUUCUGGCGCUGAUCGAGCAUAUGAAGCCCAACGGAAGUGACUGGUCAGCCGUGGUGGCUUCUUUACGCCCCAAGGGCUACACGUUCAGCGAGGGCGCUCUAGUG